CAGAGACAGGCACCGCCUCGUACGCUGACCGGAGCUCAGUCAUGCUGCUGCACUGGAUUCAUUAUUAAUCAUUUGUGUAGAACCGGAGACACACGAGAGGCUCUGUCUGCUUCUAACGGAUUCCAAGGAUGAGACCCAUCAGAGCAAAAACCUUAUUGCUGGCAGGAGCUCUUGCUUUGUUGGCUUUCCCUCUCUGUAAAAAUUUUAUUGACCACAAAGCCCCUGGCUUCCAUGUAGAUGUGAGAGAGGAUGACACCCAAAUAGGACAACCCACCAAAAACAACUCCAAUGUAUACUCCUGGCCAAGAUGUCAACAAAAUGUGUCUGCUGCCAACAUAACAGAUUUCAGCUCUCUUCCUGUUACAAUAAAAGACUUUCUUUACUACCAACACUGUCGCCAUUUCCCCAUGUUACUGGACCUUCCUGAUAAAUGUGGAGGAGCUGAUAAAUCAGCAGAAGUCUUUCUUCUGCUGGUCAUUAAAAGCUCCCCUGUGAACUAUGACCGUCGAGAGGUGCUGCGCAAAACCUGGGCUAAAGAGAGGUUACACAAUGGUGUGUGGAUCCGAAGGAUCUUCCUCUCAGGAACAUCAGAUUCUGGCUUUGAGAAAGAGAGACUGAACAAACUGCUGGAGCUGGAGCAACGUGAGUACAGUGACAUCCUUCAGUGGGACUUCAGUGACACAUUCUACAACCUCACCUUGAAGCAAAUACUCUUCCUGGAAUGGAUGGAAAGAAACUGUCCAAACGUUCGCUUCCUGCUCAACGGUGAUGAUGACGUCUUUGCCAACACAGACAACAUGGUGGAGUACCUCCAAAGUCUCAAGGAUAAUGAUGGAAGCAAGCACCUCUUUACUGGCCACCUCAUCCAGUAUGUGGGGCCCAUUAGAUCAUCAGGGAGCAAGUAUUUUGUCCCAGUCCAGGUACAGAAGUCAGACUCAUACCCCCCCUACUGUGGUGGUGGGGGCUUCCUCUUGUCUGGUUAUACAGCUCUGGUCAUAUACAAUAUGUCCCAGUCCAUUGACCUUCUUCCCAUUGAUGAUGUUUACAUGGGGAUGUGUCUGGCUAAAGCAGGACUUGGUCCUACUUCCCAUAUGGGAGUAAAGACGGCAGGUCUGUACAUUCCCUCCAACAGACUAGAUGGAUACGACCCUUGCUUCUAUAAAGACAUUUUACUUGUACACAGAUUCCUUUCAGCUCGCAUGUAUUUUAUGUGGCACAGAAUACAUGAUCCUAAUCUGAAAUGUAGACUUUAAAAGAAAAACUUACUUAAUGCUGAUCUUCUUCAUUCUAUCACAGGAAAAGGUUUGGACUGUUUUUCUACUACUGUUCAGCUGUCCAGUGGAUCUUUUUUCUUUUUCUUUUUUUAAGUCAUCAAUGUGAACGAGCAGAGACGGUAAUGGGCACAGAAAUAUGGAGUGAUAGAGCUUUUCUUUCAUGUUCUUGAUGAACAGCUUUCACUGGCAUGAAGGCUGAAAAGUUUAUUUGCCUCAUCAAUUUGCUUUGUUUCAGGCUCCAAUGUUGCCUACACCCAAGCUGAUAAGUUAUUACCUACACAUUUUUUAUAUUAUGGCUAAUGUGUUAUGAAAGUGUGUCCAAUAAUCACUAAUCAUUUAACUUUGCUGGUUGGACUCCAUCAACUGCUGCAAAUGGUACCAUAGUUUAUUAGAGCUUGAUUGCUGUAAACAGCUGCUUACUGCAGGGGAAAGUGUUGAUGAGAGCCAUAGGAUCUAACCACCAAAUUUACAGGCCAGAAAAUGUGGAACACAGAAACAACCAAAAGCUAAAAGCUCAUCAGAAAUGAAAUGGGUGACUAUAUGAUCAUCACUCACUGUGACUAUUUACAACCAGGACAGAUGAGGUCACUGUGCACUGAGUGUAGGAUAGCAACUUCUGCUUAUUGGACAAUCAAGCUAUGUUUGUUUUGUUGUUGUUUUGAAAGAUUUUUUUUGUGGCAUUUUCAAGCUUUAUGUGAGAGGUAGCUGAAGAGUGACAGGAAUGUGGGGGGAGAGAGAGAGAGAGAGAGAGAGAGAGAGAGGGGAAUGACAUAAAGCAAAGAGCCACAGGUCAGAUUCAAAACCUGGGCCGCUGUGGCAAGGAAUAAGUCUUUGUACAUGGGGCAGAUGCUCUACCAACCGACACCAGCUAUGUUUUCUACCGUUUUGAAUGAUAAAGCAAGAUACAGAGCGAGCCAAACUGGCAAACAGAUGGCGAGAGACAGCUUGACAUGGCAGAUAAGAGGCAAGGAGGCAAGGACACAAGACUGAAUGAUCUAGUGAAGUUUCAAUGAGCGUGAGGGGAUGAAAAGAUCUGCUGCCGGUGUGUCUCAGGAUAACUAACAUGAUAACUCAUGUUAAUGUUGGACAGAGUGGUAUGUCAGAUCUCGACAUCAUGUGUGUCUGUGGGUGGACUUCAGUCUUUAAUGAUGACCGUAUGUGGGGGAGUUUGUUUUGUAUAUUACAUAUUUAUAUAAUUGUCGGCUUGGCUCGGCAUUGUGACUGUGUUGUGGUGUUGAUUUACAAUGCGUUCUUAUUGUCAACUGAAUCAUGUCCACAGAAAUUGUCACAAAUAUAGUCAACUACCAAAGGUUAGCACCAAAUGCCUCUUAAUCAAGUUUGCUUUUUUUUUGUUUUAGAUACUUCCUGUUUUAAAUACUGAACUUGGUGCAAGGCUAUAAGGUACACUGUAGUGUCUACAAAUUAUUUCUCAGGGUUUCUUAAAACUAAUGAUGCACUGUUGCUUAAUCUUCUGCUUAAGUUAAUAGGUUUACUAUUUAAUUUAAACCCUUUUAUCUUGUAUAGCCUGUAUAUUCAUGUUAGAACAUUAUUCAGAGAGAUUAAUGUAUGUUUUUGUGCCUUAUGUCAGUGCUCCUCAACCAGAUAACACUGUUUGCAUAAAGAACUGCAUAAAGAUGUGUUGGAGGACUGAAA